AUGGCGGGUGUUGUUCCAACCCAAAUGUCUGCCAAUAGUCCAAGACGCACCGCCCAAUUUGCACGCAAUGCUCAAGGUGGAGAAAAUACGGAGAUGAAGACCGGAAUCCUCCAACUUGUUUAUGCAAAUCCAUUCACCGGAAUGGAUCAUGAGGAUCCUUUCGCACAUCUCACCAAAUUUUACGAGAUUGCGGGUUCAACGGGAGUUGAUGCGGCGAAUGAAGAAUCAUUGUUCAAGAGGCUAUUUCCACAUUCAUUAAUUGGGAAAGCUAAAGAAUGGUAUCUUGAUCAAUUACCAAAUGUGAUGACGGAUUGGAAUCUAUUGGAAGAAAAGUUUUUAGAACGAUAUUUUCCUCAAUCCCGAUUCAUGGAGGCCAAAACGGCAAUCGCGGUGUUCAACCAAGGAAGCAAUGAAUCUCUUAAUGAAGCGUGGGAAAGAUUCAAAUCCAUGCUUAGAAAAUGCAAGGGUCAUGGUUUUGAUGCUCCCACACAAAUUCAUAUCUUCCGCAAUGGGCUUCAACCGGUGCACAAGACACUUUUGGAUGCUACCACAGGUGGAUCUUUAAUGUCAAAAAGCGCGGAGGAUGCAAUAAUGAUAAUUGAUCGUAUGGCACUCAAUGACCUCCAAACUCAACAUGAUAGGAGUCCAUCACAAAGAAAGCCGUGUGUUCUUGAAUUAAACACCAAUGAUGCCAUCCUUGCUCAAAACAAGAUUCUCUCUCAACAAGUUGAGUUACUCACUAAGCAAAUGAUGAAACUCCCACAACAAAUGAAAGAGUUUCAAGGAUCUCAAACUAGGCACCAUGUGGCAGCUUGUGAACUUUGUAAUGGAGAUCAUCCGACUGGUUUUUGUCCUCCCCCUGAAGGUGAAGAAGUGAAUUAUGUGAAUAAUGAAAACCAAGGCUAUCAAAGUACACCUCCACCUCACAACAACCAUUAUCAAAGACACAAUCAAGGGUAUCAACCAUCAAGAUUCAAAAAUUACAAUUACCCUCAACAAAGUCCUUAUCAAAGUCCAAAUCCACAACAUCAACAAUCUCAAGGUGGAAGCUCAAACUUGGAAGACACUCUCACACAAUUUAUGCAAGCAUCCAUGGCUAAUCAAAAAAGCAAUGAAGCUGCCAUCAAGAAUUUGGAGAACCAAGUGGGCCAACUUGCAAAGCAAUUGUCCGAACAACAACCGAGAUCUUCUUUUUCCGCCAACACUCAAACAAAUCCAAGGGAGCAUUGCAAAGCCAUUGUGACAAGAAGUGGUAAAGAGAUAAAUGGUGGAAUAGAUGGAGGUGUUAUAGUGGAAGAUGAUGAGGAAAUAAUAGUUGAAAACCAAGAGGGUGAGGUGGUAGUUGAAGAUGAGGGAGAAAAGAGUGAGGAGAAAGUGGAGGAAGAAUUAGUUGAAAAAGAGCGGAAAGAAAAAGAAGGAAGAGAGAAAAAUGACAAAAAAGUGAGGAGGAAUAAAAAGAGAAAUGAGAAUAAAAAGAAGUACACGGAUGAAGAGACAGUUGUGCUUGAUGCUCAUUGUAGUGCAAUUAUUCAAAAAACUCCCCCAAGAAAGGAAGUCGAUCCGGGACGAGUCAUUUUACCGAUCACCAUUGGAGGUAACUACAUUAGUAAUGGUUUGGUUGAUUUGGGGUCUAGCAUCAAUUUAAUACCUUUAUCCGUUGUCAAGAGAUUGGGGAACAUUGAGAUGAAACACACCAGGAUAACUUUGCAACUAGCCGAUAAGUCUAUCAUUUCACCAUAUGGAGUUGUACAAGACAUGCUAGUAAAGGUUGACAAAUUUUUGUUCCCGGUUGAUUUUGUGGUAGUCGACAUGGAGGAGGAUUGUGAUGUUCCAUUAAUACUUGGAAGACCAUUCAUGAAGACCACCCGAAUGGUGAUUGAUAUCGAUGAUGGGAUUAUGAAAGUAAGGGUGCAAGAUAAAGAGGUAAUUUUUACUCUUUUUGAGUCUACGAAGCCUCCUAAGGAUGAACAUGACAACUUUCGAAUCGAUGAUGAAAAAGGAGAAAUCAUUGAGGUGGCGAAUCAAUUUCACAAGAACAAGGAGAAGGCAAAUCAUGAGGGAAAGACUCAUCACAAAAACUUUGAAGUUGGACAAAUGGUGCUAGUGUGCAAUUCAAGACUCAAGGUGUUUCCUAGUAAAUUAAAGUCAAAGUGGUCGGGGCCAUUUGUUGUGAAAGAGGUGCGAAAUUAUGGAUCCAUUGUGGUGGAGGACCCUAAAACACAAGAAAGCUGGACUGUAAAGGAACAAAGACUCAAAGGCUACCACGAUGGAUAA